AUGACGGAGCGACUGGUGCAGCACUACUGCAUCACAUUUUGCCAGAAACUGGGCGAAAGCCAAGUGGAAACCAUUUGGAAUAUUCAGACGGAUUUCGGUGACGAUGUUAUGAGUAGCACGCAGAUUAAGGAGUGGUACAACCGGUUUAAAGACGGUCGCACAUCGGUGGAGAGCGAGCCACGCUCCGGUCGGCCAUCAACAUGCCGAAAUGACCAGGUCAUUGCCGAAGUGAAUGCUGUGGUGAUGCGGGACCGUCGGGUGACUAUCCGAGAAGUUGCGGAAGAGGUGGGCAUCAGCACUUUUUCUGCACAUUCCAGUAUGACCGAGGAUUUGGCCAUGAAGGGAGUUGCGGCGAAAUUCGUGCCGACGCUUCUCACGGUGGAGCAAAAGCAACUUCGUGUUGAAGUCUCACAGGACCUGCUGGAUUCCACAAACAGUGACCCCGACUUCAUGAACACCAUAAUCACUGGUGACGAGUCUUGGGUGUACGGGUGUGCGACCUGGAAACCAAAUCCCAGUCGUCACAGUGGAAGCAUUCCACGUCACCGAGACCUAAGAAGGCCCGCCAAGUGCGCAGCAACGUCAACGUGA